UCUUCUGAUACAUAUCAAUGUCUUCCAAGAGAUCACUACAAGCAACCACACCACUCCAUGUUUAGCCUAAGCUCUCCCUGCCUGCCUCUCAAGGGGCAGCUAAAGCUCAACACCGCUACCACCAUCCUCCUGGUUGCUUUCAUCUUCACUCUCUACAUUACCUUUUGCGAAGCUCGGCAUCUCCGCGUUCAUGGUAAUAAGCACUCAAGCAAGCUGCCUCUGCCUUCCUCACCACCCAAGGAUGUGAUGGAGUUUUGUGCCACCAAGGAGAAGAUGAGAUCCUCAGUGGUGGUUCGAGUUGGAGGCAACACCGACGCUGUAUCAAUGGGAAAGGAAGUGAUGGUUGAGGUGAAGAAGGAAGUGGCAUCAUCAUCAGGUGGAGUUGGAAAUAUUAAACAUGACGUUAGGGUUUUGAAACAGCUUCCUCGUCGUGAGCAUGAGGAUGAUCAGGGAAUUCAUCUGGAUUACGCUCAACCUAGAACCCAUACGCCAUGUCAUAACCGAUGAGAUGAUGUCAUGUAUCACUGUGACCGUCAA